AUGGAGAACAGUCACCCCCCCCACCACCACCAGCAGCCCCCGCCGCAGCCCGGCCCUUCGGGCGAGAGGAGGAACCACCAUUGGAGAAGUUACAAGUUGAUGAUCGACCCGGCGCUGAAAAAGGGGCAUCACAAGCUGUACCGCUACGAUGGGCAGCAUUUCAGCCUGGCGAUGUCCAGCAACCGCCCGGUGGAAAUUGUCGAGGAUCCGCGGGUGGUCGGCAUAUGGACCAAAAACAAGGAGCUGGAGCUGUCGGUGCCUAAAUUCAAGAUCGAUGAGUUCUACGUGGGCCCGGUGCCUCCGAAGCAGGUGACAUUUGCCAAGCUGAAUGAUAACAUCCGCGAAAACUUCCUGAGGGACAUGUGCAAGAAGUAUGGGGAGGUGGAGGAGGUGGAGAUUUUGUACAACCCCAAGACCAAGAAGCACUUGGGCAUCGCCAAGGUGGUCUUUGCCACGGUCAGAGGCGCCAGGGAGGCGGUUCAACACUUGCACAGCACUUCUGUCAUGGGUAAUAUCAUCCACGUGGAGCUGGACACCAAGGGGGAAACCCGCAUGCGGUUCUACGAACUGUUGCUCACAGGCCGCUACACGCCCCAGACCCUGCCAGUGGGCGAGCUGGACGCCGUCUCUCCGAUUGUGAACGAGACCCUGCAGCUGUCUGAUGCCUUGAAACGUCUCAAGGAUGGUGGCUUGUCUGUGGGCUGUGGCUCUGGCUCCUCGUCUGUCACCCCCAACAGUGGAGGGACACCCUUCUCCCAGGACACGGCUUACUCCAGCUGCCGCCUGGACACACCCAACUCCUACGGACAGGGCACGCCACUCACGCCUCGCCUGGGCACCCCCUUCUCGCAGGACUCCAGCUAUUCUAGCCGCCAACCCACACCCUCCUACCUCUUCAGCCAGGACCCUACCGUGACAUUCAAGGCCCGGCGCCAUGAGAGCAAGUUCACGGACGCCUACAACCGUCGCCACGAGCAUCACUAUGUCCAUAACUCUUCUGCAGUCACUGCGGUGGUGGGGGCCACGGCCACCUUCCGAGGCUCCUCAGACCUCCCGUUUGGGGCAGUUGGUAGCAGUGGGGGCAACAGCAGCACCCCCUACAAGACCCAGCCACAGGACUCGGCCGCGUUCGCCCAUACGCCACCGCCUGCCCAGGCAGCCCCUGCUCCCACUCCCGGGGUCACCUUUAAGUCGGCUUUCUCUCCGUAUCAGACCCCAGCACCCUCCUUCCUGCCACCCCCUGAGGAGCCCACCGCCGCGGCCACCUUUGGGGCCCGUGACAGUGGGGAGUUCCGGAGAGCACCUGUUCCCCCGCCCCUGCCGCCCACCGAGCCUGUGGCCAAGGAGAAGCCAGGCACCCCACCUGGCCCCCCACCUCCGGAAAGCAACAGUAUGGAGCUGGGUGGCCGGCCGACCUUUGGCUGGAGCCCCGAGCCGUGUGAUAGCCCCGGCACGCCCACGCUGGAGUCGUCGCCCGCAGGGCCCGAGAAGCCCCACGACAGCCUGGACUCCCGCAUCGAGAUGCUGCUGAAGGAACAGCGCACUAAGCUGCCCUUCCUGCGGGAGCAGGACUCGGACACCGAGCUGCAGAUGGAGGGCAGCCCCAUCUCCUCCGCCUCCUCUCAGCUCUCCCCGCUGGCCUCUUUCGGCACGAACUCCCAGCCUGGCUUUCGGGGCCCCACGCCGCCUUCCUCGCGCCCCUCCAGCACCGGCCUGGAGGACAUCAGCCCCACACCACUGCCCGACUCGGAUGAGGACGACGAGCUGGACCUGGGGCUGGGGCCUCGGCCCCCACCUGAGCCAGGCCCCCCAGACCCUACCAGUCUCCUGGGCCAGACAGGUGAUGGGGCCUCCGAGCUGGCUGGUGACAGGACCCCAACCUCAGAGAAGAUGGACGAGGGCCAGCAGUCCUCGGGCGAGGACAUGGAGAUCUCAGAUGACGAGAUGCCCUCGGCUCCCAUCACCAGCGCCGACUGCCCCAAGCCCAUGGUGGUGACUCCCGGGGCGGCGGCUGUGGCGGCCUCCUCCGUGCUGGCCCCGACGUUGCCACUCCCCCCACCACCUGGCUUCCCGCCGCUGCCCCCGCCCCCGCCGCCACCCCCACCGCAGCCUGGCUUCCCCAUGCCCCCACCUCUUCCGCCACCGCCACCUCCACCGCCCCCAGCCCACCCAGCCGUGACAGUGCCCCCGCCACCCCUGCCGGCACCACCGCCACCCGGUGUGCCGCCCCCACCCAUCAUGCCACCGCUGCCCCCCUUCCCGCCAGGGCUCUUCCCCGUGAUGCAGGUGGACAUGAGCCACGUGCUGGGGGGCCAGUGGGGCGGCAUGCCCAUGUCCUUCCAGAUGCAGACACAGAUGCUGAGCCGGCUCAUGACAGGCCAGGGUGCCUGCCCCUACCCUCCUUUCAUGACUGCCGCGGCCGCUGCCGCUGCCUCAGCCGGGCUGCAGUUCGUCAACCUGCCCCCCUACCGGGGCCCCUUCUCCCUGAGCAGCGCCGGCCCGGGCCGUGGGCAGCCCUGGCCCCCGCUGCCCAAAUUCGACCCGUCAGUGCCGCCCCCGGGCUACGUGCCUCGGCAGGAGGACCCGCACAAGGCCACGGUGGACGGCGUCCUGCUGGUGGUGCUCAAGGAGCUGAAGGCCACCAUGAAGCGGGACCUGAACCGCAAGAUGGUGGAGGUGGUGGCCUUCCGGGCCUUCGACGAGUGGUGGGACAAGAAGGAGCGCAUGGCCAAGGCCUCACUGACUCCUGUGAAGUCGGGCGACCACAAGGAUGAGGACCGGCCCAAGCCCAAGGACCGUAUCGCCUCAUGCCUGCUGGAGUCGUGGGGCAAGGGCGAGGGCCUGGGCUAUGAGGGCUUGGGCCUGGGCAUCGGGCUGCGCGGGGCCAUUCGCCUACCCUCCUUCAAAGUCAAGAGGAAGGAGCCGCCGGACACAGCCUCGUCCGGUGACCAGAAGCGGCUACGGCCCUCAACCUCCGUGGAUGAGGAGGACGAAGAGCUGGAGCGGGACCGGGACAUAGCAGAUGCCCCCUGUGAGCUCGCCAAGAGGGACUCCAAGGGCGUGAGUGUGCGGCGGCGGCCGGCACGGCCCCUGGAGCUGGACAGUGGUGGGGAGGAGGACGAGAAGGAGUCACUGUCUGAGGAGCAGGAAAGCACCGAGGAGGAAGAGGGGGAUGUGGACGAGGAGGAGGAGGAGGAAGAGGAGGAAGACGACGAUGACAGUGACAGUGACGACCGGGAAGAGUCUGCGAAUGAUGAAGACACGGCCCGGUCGCAGGCGAGUGAGAAGGAAGAGCCGGACUCAGAUGGAGAGGAGACAGUGAGCAUCGCCACCUCCAAGGCUGACGCAGAGUCGUCCAGCGAGAGUUCCGAGUCUUCUGGAUUUGAGUCGAGCUCCGAGUCCUUGUCCUCGUCCUCGGAGGAUGAAGAGGAGCUGGCGGUGGGGGUGGAGGAGGAGGAGGAGGAGGAGGAGAAGGCAGUAGAGGAGAGCACAGCCCCUCCUGUCUCCGAGCACUUGGAAGAGGACGUGGAAGAGGCGUCAGUGCCCAUGGGGACACCUGCGGGGGAGUCCUUGGGCCCAGAAGAAGAGGUGGACAUUGAGGUGGAGGGCAAAGCCCCCGAGGCGCCAGCCCCCAUGCUGGAGGAGCCCCCUUUGUCUGUGGGUGUCGAGGGGCAGCUGGUGGGUUGCAGGGAGCCCCCUGAAGAGUCUGACCUGCACCAGGAAGGGGCCAUGUUGCUGUCUGCAGAGCCCGCCUCCGAGGAGAGAGAGGCUCAACCUCCGUCAUGCCCCACGCACACCCCAGGGGAUGACCUGGAGGCAGAGCCCGAGCCCGCUACAGUGCUGUCCUUGGCCCCACAGCCACCAUUGCCGCCCCCCCGGCCACCCCGACCACCCAGCCCACCGCCGGAGCCUAAGGCCCCAGAGCCCCCACACCCGUCCGUCCCUCUGGAGGCCGCCCCCGAGGAGCAGCCCCCGCGUACCCCAGGCCUCUGUGGCAGCCUGACCAAGUCGCAGAGCACAGAGGCAGUGCCGGCCACGCCAGGCAGGGAGCCCCCGUUGUCGGGCGGCAGCAGCAACCUGUCCCUGAGCUCCCCUCAGGUGCCCGGCAGCCCCUUCUCCUACCCGACCCCAUCCCCCAGCCUGAGCAGCGGGGGCCUCCCGCGGACUCCAGGCCGGGACUUCAGCUUCACGCCCACCUUCCCCGAGUCCGGCGGGCCCCUGCUCCUGCCCGUCUGCCCUCUCCCAGCUGGUCAGCGUGACGAGAGGUCUGGGCCCCUGGCCUCCCCGGUGCUGCUGGAGGCGGGCCUGCCGCUGCCCCUGCCCCUGCCCCUGCCCCUGCCCUUGGCAUUGCCUGUACCUGUCCUGCGGGCCCAAGCUCGGGCCCCCACCCAGCUACCACCCUUGCUGCCUGCCCCACUGACCCCCUGCCAGCCACCUAUCAAGAGGAAGCCGGGCCGGCCCCGGCGGUCCCCGCCGGCAGUGCUCUCCCUGGAUGGGCCCUUGGUCCGGCCACCAGGGGCCGCUCUGGGCAGGGACCUUCUGCUCCUGCCGGGCCAGCCACAGACCCCAGUCUUUUCCAGCACCCACGACCCCCGGGCCGUGACCCUGGACUUCCGGAACGCAGGGAUCCCAGCGCCCCCACCGCCCCUGCCCCCUCAGCCCCCACCGCCCCCACCCCCACCGCCUGUCGAGCCCACCAAGCUGCCCUUUAAGGAGCUUGAGAACCAGUGGCCCUCGGAAGCCAUACCCCCAGGCUCCCGUGGACGUGACGAGGCCGCCGAAGAGGAUGUAGAACUGGCCAAGGCGCGGGGACCGUGGCGCCGGCCACCCAAGAAGCGCCACGAGGACCUGGUGGUGGGCGCGGCCUCACCCGAGCUCUCGCCGCCGCAGCCCCUCUUCCGGCCCCGGUCAGAGUUCGAGGAGAUGACCAUCCUGUACGACAUCUGGAAUGGUGGCAUCGACGAGGAGGACAUCCGCUUCCUGUGUGUCACUUACGAGCGGCUCCUCCAGCAGGACAAUGGCAUGGACUGGCUCAAUGACACGCUGUGGGUCUACCAUCCCUCCACCAGCCUCUCUUCAGCCAAGAGGAAGAAGCGAGAUGACGGGCUCCGGGAGCACGUGACGGGCUGUGCCCGCAGUGAGGGCUUCUAUACCAUCGACAAGAAGGACAAGCUCAGAUACCUGAACAGUAGCCGGGCCAGCACCGACGAGCCCCCCACAGACACCCAGGGCAUGAGCAUCCCGGCGCAGCCUCACGCCUCCACGCGGGCAGGCUCAGAGCGGCGGUCGGAGCAGCGCCGCCUCCUGUCCUCCUUCACUGGCAGCUGUGACAGUGACCUGCUCAAGUUCAACCAGCUCAAGUUCCGGAAGAAGAAGCUCAAAUUCUGUAAGAGCCACAUCCAUGACUGGGGCCUAUUCGCCAUGGAACCCAUCGCGGCUGAUGAGAUGGUCAUUGAGUACGUGGGCCAGAACAUCCGCCAGGUGAUCGCCGACAUGCGGGAGAAGCGUUACGAGGACGAGGGCAUCGGCAGCAGCUACAUGUUCAGGGUGGACCACGACACCAUCAUCGAUGCCACCAAGUGCGGCAACUUUGCCCGCUUUAUUAACCACAGUUGCAAUCCCAACUGCUAUGCCAAGGUGAUCACGGUGGAGUCCCAAAAGAAGAUUGUCAUCUACUCGAAGCAGCACAUCAGUGUCAACGAGGAGAUCACCUACGACUACAAAUUCCCCAUCGAAGACGUCAAGAUCCCCUGCCUCUGUGGCUCCGAGAACUGCCGGGGAACCCUCAACUAG